AUGGAUGAGGAAGCCUAUCACAGAGCCAGAGUGUGCUCUGGCUCCAACCCUGGGAAAUGCCAGGAGAUGGGAGAUGCAAUACUUCUGUUUCUGGGCACCAUCAUCCUGCUCAACGUGGGGUUCAACGCAGUGACUAUGGUCAGGGCGGGGCCUGGGCUGAAGGACACGAGGCACAGCUGUAUGGGCAGCCAUCCCCGGUGCACGCGCUGCUCCACGGACCCCAAGACCCAGAGCUCGAGAGCCUCUUCCCGCUUCCGUCGCCGCCAAAACUUCCAGCCCAGGCACUCUAACCACCAGGACUCCUGGGUCCCAGACCGGAAGGCGCAGAAGGCUUCUAGGGGCAUCAGGAUGCCACCUCCAUGUGGGCACACUGGGGCUCCCACGGAAGCUCCAUGGGGACCAAGGAAGGAGGAGAUGAUGGGAGCUGGGAAGGCCUCUCGGGUCAGGGCCUUAAAGGGCCAAGCCUCCUUUUACACCAGGCCAGAGACCCCGUCCCAGAUCCAAGCCCCCAUCCACAGUUUGAAGGCCCAGGACCCAAAGACAAGCAAGGUGGACAUGGUUCCACUGUCCUUGCCCCAAGAGACCCCAGAGUACACCCCACCCCAGUCCCCGGGCCAGGUUCCUGUGCGCCCUUCAGCCCAGGCCCGGACCCACUCCCCGGCCCAUGCUCCUCUCACCCACACCCAUGCCCACACUCUGGCCACUGCCCCAAUCUUUGCCCUAAAUCCUCCCCCCACUCCUGCCUCAGCCACUCCUCCUAUCCCAAGCCCCACCCCAGCCCCUGCCUCCACCCCUGCCCCAGCAUGUGUCAAGGGCCUGACAACCCCUCCAGUCACUGCUUCCACCCACACCCACAUCCUAACCCCUAGUCCCUCUACUCUGGCUGCCUUCAAACAUGGUGUUUCAACCACACAAGUGGUGUACGAUAACCGCAGGAUAAACCAGAACUGUGUCCAUGUAUGCAGGCCUCAGAACUCUGUACACAGAAAAGACUUGUGUCCCCCCUCCAGACCCCAGGAGAGACAAGGCUCUGGUACAUUUCGGCAAACAUCAAAGCCACAUAGUGGGGAUGGUACCAACUCCCUGACAGGCUCUGGACUGGGCUUCCUGGGGUUGAGGAAUCUGGAAUGGAAGAGCUCAGAUGACGGCAAAGACAAGUUCUCACAGCUGAAGACUUUCUCCUACAGUUCUGAGACAAGGGAUGUGGAUUUCCAGGCUCCAGUCUACCCCAAGUUUCUGUUCUACUCCCAGGAGGCUGCAUCUGCUAAACCUUGCCUUCAUUUUCCAACAAGUGCCCAGAGUUCACUGCCCACUGUUCCCCCACCAUAUUCUCUUUCCCUGCCUCUCAUUCCUCCCAGAUCUUUUGUCCUUUCUCAAUCCACCAGCCAUCAGAAGUCCUCCACCUCAGUUCAACCUCCCACCUCUCUUCCAGCCUCCAAGUCUCCUCAGCCCAUCCCUCCCCAGUUAUCCACUGUUUCUAAAAUUCUCAUCCAACCCCAAUUCUCUGACAUACAAAAGAGUCUAGGCCCUACCCACGACUUCGGUCUCCAAAGGAGCCCAUGCCCUUCAAAAGACUCUAGCAUUCACGAGAACCCAGGCUCUAACCAAAAUCCAGGCCUCUACAAGAACCCCAGCCAUAGCCAAGCAUCUUAUCUCUACAAGAGCCAAAAUGCUCCCCAAGAUGCUGGUCUUCACAAGACUCCAGGCCUCUCCCAAGAUUCUGUCUCCCAAAAGAGCCCAGGCCCUGUUCAAGAUUCUGGAGGCUGUAAGAGUACAGUUGUUGUCCAAGACCCAGGAGUCUUCAGAAGCCUAGGCUUUACCCAACAGUCUGGCCUGCAGAAGAGUCCAGGCCUUUUCCAAGACUCUGGAAUUAACAAGAAGAACCCAGGCCUUGUCCAAACCUCUGGGCUCUGUAAGGGCCCAGCCCUUUCCCAAGACUCAGGUCUCUCCAAGAUUCCAGGCCUUAACCAGCAAUCUGGCCUCCACAAGGACUCAAGCCUUUUCCAAGAUCCUGGCUUCCACAAAUGCUCAGGAAUUGUUCAAGGUACUGGCUCUGUCCAAGGCCCUCUUCAGACCCCAAAGUCAACACCGUCCCUGAUGACAUUUGUAUCCAAGGACCGUCCUCAGAGGGAGGAUGGAGAGAAGCACAUACCUUGAACUUCUGUCCCACUCAGCCAGAAUUCCUGCCCUUCCAAGGCCCCAGUGAUGUGCAGUGACCUGCAAACCCUCCCAGAGGUACCUGUUCUACUUGAGCUACAGCCACCUUCCCAGAAGACAGGCAGCCAAGACUGGGUGUACCACCAUGUAGAUACAGUUCCUUCAGCCUGCCAGACCUAUCGCCAGAUGUCUACACCUCCAAAAACCAAUUCACAGCUCCACUUCCCUGGAUCAGGUGCCCGGGCUGGGCAUGUGGUCUUUGACACCCACCAGAGACAGUUAGGAGUGGGCAGGGACAAGUGUGAAGCUCUCUCCCCCAGGCGCCUUCGCCAAGAGACACCCAACUCAGUGCAGAGCAGCAAGGAGUAAUGAGGACCUUGGAUAAGGAGGGGGCAAAGGGACAGCAGGAAUAA